GUCUGGUUAAAACACUCAGCUUCAGCAGAGCUUCUCUAAGCAGCGCAGCCUUCAGUCUUCAAGUGUAGGAAGACACGUGCCUUCAUUUCCGUCCGGCCGGAUCUUUCCAAGACCUUUCCCUCCUCUUCACCACAUCUAUUCUCAUUAUUGUUUAUCUGGACUAGAGAUGCUUCCCAGCCCCGUGAGCUCGACCCCGUUCUCGGUGAAGGACAUCUUGAAGCUGGAGCAGCAGGCUGGAUCUUCUCUGCACCUUCCCUGCAUGCACAGCGCGCUCAGCCGCAGCCUGGAGCUGCUCUACAGCCAGGACUGCUCCAGCUUCAGUCCCGGAGACGCAGGCAGAGCAGCCAGGGGGGCCCUGAGCCCACCGAGCCCCGAGGAGCACUGCCAGUCCACCACCGAGGAGGAGGAGAGGGAGCAGAGCCCGCUCUCAGGCGCGUGCGAGUUCGACCCGUCCAUUUGUCCGGAGCGCAGGGUGGAGGAGGAGGAGGAGAUGGGCGGUGGUCCCGAGAGCCGCACCAGGCCGCGCGUGCGGAGGAGGCCCCGCGUGCUCUUCAGCCAGGCGCAGGUGCUGGAGCUCGAGCGGCGCUUCGAGCAGCAGCGCUACGUUUCUGCGCCGGAGCGCGAGCAGCUCGCGAGCAUGCUCAAACUGACUUCCACGCAGGUGAAAAUCUGGUUCCAGAACCGCAGGUACAAGUGCAAGCGGCAGCGGCAGGACAGGAGUCUCGAGCUGGCCGGUGGGCAGGCAGCCGCCGCGCGACCGAGGAGAGUGGCCGUGCCCGUGCUCGUCAGGGACGGAAAGCCGUGCCUGGGCGGGGCCCACGCGCCCCCGUAUAACGUCUCGGUGAGCUCCUACACAUACGGCAACUGCUACAACAGCUACAACACGUACAGCGGCUAUGGAAACGGCCCAUACGGCUGCAGCCUUAACGGGAUGGCCUCCCAUCUCCCCAACCCCAUGGUGGACGUGAGCUUCUCAAUGGCAACCGCUGACGGAUCUCUAAGCCAGCAAGGACCGUUUCAGACCACGUUACCUGGAAUCAGGGCUUGGUGAGGUUCCCUCAACCAAAGACUAUGGACAUCACAUCAACACACACAUACUGAGGUUUGUCUGUGUGUGAUUAGACUGAGAUAGGCUGAACGUUUCCCAACCAAACGUGGGGUUUGUCACUCAGUGGUAACCUCAACAAAACGUACAUGAAGAUACAGCUGUGGAAAAAAAAUUAAGAGACCACUUCAGUUUCUGAAUCAGUUUUUGCUAUGUAUACAUGAUUUUGCUAUUAUAGGUAUAUAUGUUUGAGUAAAAGGAACAUUGCUGUUUAAUUCUAUAAACUGCAGACAUGUAUGAGAAAAAAAUGAGAAAUUAGAAACGUUUUAAGAGUUCAGAAAUCAAUGUUUGUUGGAAAAACACUGUUUUUAACAAAAGCAGUGUGUAAGACUGGUGGAAGAGAACAUGCAUGUUCUCUUCCACCAGUGCUUUUGGAUAACUUUAUGCCACUCCUGGUGCAAAAAAAACAAGCAAUUCAGCUGAGUUUGAUGGCUUGUGAUCAUCCAUCUUCCACUUGAUAAUAUUCCAGAGGUUUUUAAUUAGUUAAAAAUAAACUCAUAAUUGCUAAGUGGUCUCUUAUUUGUUUUAGAGCUGUAUAUGAGGUAAAUGACGUAAACAUUCACUGAUGUAAUAUAAUCAUGGAAUAAACAUUUUUUGCCAUAAACGUGUAAAGAAACAACAUACUCUGCCCAUAAUUACAUGGCUACAUUUUUUAAAUCGGGUUCAUCAAAAGCCAUUUUGUAAAGAUACAAUUGUUCAGUGGUACUUUAGCACUAGUAUAAACAUUUGAAAUGGGUUUAUAUAGGACCAUUUAAACUGGUUCUGUACAGCGUCAAAAAGGGCUCGAAAAGUAGAGGAGUACACAUAGUAUAUAAUACACCAAGACCAAAUUAUAUAAUAUAAACAAUAUAAUGAUAAAUGCCUAUAGUAAGAAAACAUAUUGAACAGGUUAUGUACUCUGAACCACAGGUUACAAGUAUAUUAUUUUACGAACAAUAUAGUAUUUGGUUUUAUAGUACAGGUUAUAUAUUUUGAAAUAUAUUGUAUGAGAACUACAUACCUUAGUAUAUCAGUCUACAUGUACUAUAUGUACUGUGUACGAGUGAACAUAGUCUGAAACAGCAAAGUUAUGUAGUGCAUAAACCCUUUUUGGUACUAUUCGAUAUUUUGGUAAAUAAGAAAAUAAGACAUGAUAUUGGGGGGGAGGGGGAUGAUCGGUGUUAUUACCAUUGAAAAAUAUAUAAUACGACGUUUAUUGACUUAAUUUAUGCCAGUUUAUUAAUAUGAAACAGUGUUCUUAUUCAAGUCUCGUCAAUAGAACAAUUUUAUGUCUAGUUAAAAUAAAUAGGGAGAGCCCAUUUUGUGUUCAUUUGUUUUACUGAAUACAUUUUUACUGUGUCUGAGGUCCCUAGUCAUCUUAUGUCGCUAUGUUUAUAUCACAAUAUGCCAGCACAAGUUUUUUUUGAACAAGAGAAACCAAUACAGAGAAUGAGUUUACUUGUCUGUUCUGAUACUUUUAGGGAAGUAACUGGGCCAAACAGUUACACGAUAGUAUUGUAAAUGUAAAAAUGUCUGGGUAUUUCAACCUUUUUUAUUGGAACUUUUGGUAUGCAAUAAUAAAAGAAAUGUUUGUUUA